AUGUCGGGCGGGCAGAGGGAGAAGAGCGGAGGAAAAGCCUGUUUACACAGACGGCAAACCGCCUGGGGAAUAAUGCGGGAGAGGAAGUGAGCCGACUCUCUGUCUGCCUGCUCUAACUUCCUGCUCUGAAGAAAGAAAAAAAAUCAGGAUCCCAUUACACUGGGGUAGAGCAGUUUAGACGGCAGCAAGCAUGGAACACCGGGGGAUUUUACUAAAUUCUUAUUAAAAAGUAUCAAGGAGGGGGAAAAAAAUCACACACUGCACGCUUGGGUAUGGAGAGCGCCAUCACUCUCUGGCAGUUCCUGCUGCAGCUGCUCCUGGACCAAAACCACAAGCACCUGAUCUGCUGGACCUCCAACGAUGGCGAAUUCAAGUUGCUCAAGUCCGAGGAGGUGGCCAAGCUGUGGGGCCUCCGCAAAAACAAGACCAACAUGAACUACGACAAGCUCAGCAGAGCCCUGCGCUACUACUAUGACAAGAACAUCAUCAAGAAGGUGAUCGGGCAGAAGUUCGUGUACAAGUUUGUGUCAUUCCCAGACAUCCUGAAGAUGGACCCCCAGGCGGUGGAGCUGGGCCAGGACGGGGGCGGAGCCCUGCUUGGGGAGGCGGAGUCUCUGAGGGCUGAUGGUGAGGAGGAGGAGGAGGAAGAGGAGGAGGAGUCCCCGAAGCUGUCCCUGGCGGCCCUGCGUGCCUCCGCUUGCCGCGGGGACUACGCCCGCGCCGGCCUGUACUCGCCAUUCGCCGUGGGCUCCCUGCAGAAGCAGUCGGAGCUGCUGCGUGCAGCCAAGGGAGACGAGGCGCGCACCGUCAUCCGCUUCGUCACCAACCGGGCGGCGUCCCUGCCGUCCCCCCCACCCCCCACCUCCUCCUCCUACUCCUCUGCCGAGGUCUUCUGCUCCUCCAAACCCUCCCCCUCCCCCCGCCGGUCCACCUCGCGCAGCCCCUCCCCCGCGGGAAGCCCCGCCUACGCAUGCGGCCGGGGGCGGAGCCCUGGGGCAGAGACGGACGACUCGGAGCAGUGCGCUCAGCCCCUCAACCUGUCCGCGGGCCACAGGGACCGCGCCCCCAACCCGACCGAAAAGAGGCCCGGCGGGCCCCCCUCCAAAACCAAGAAGCCCAAAGGCCUGGAGAUCUCUGCACCGUCUCUCUUACUAACAGGAAGUGACAUCGGUUCCAUCGCGCUCAACAGCCCAGCGCUGCCAUCCGGAUCCCUGACUCCAGCCUUUUUCACUGCACAGCAUUACACAAGAAAAAUAACUAAAUAACUCAAGCACAUCAGCAUAUGUCAAAAUGAUAUUAUAAUCUUCAUAAAAUAUUGGCUAAAACAUCACCCUAAUUUAAAAUAUAUGAUUAAUGCCUCGGUACGCCACACAUUUUAAAGCACACAUUAAGCAUGUAAGGGCUCGCUUGAUAGUCAUUAUGCUUUUAAAACUACCAACCACAAUUGUGCAUGAGUCACACUUGAUUUCAUGUUGCUUGAGUUUUGGUGUGUACUGCACAGCAUCAAUUGAGGGGAAAAAAAGUAGAAAGAAAACACAUGUCACUGUGUGAUUCAGGGAGAUGACAGAGGAAAAUGUAAGAUAAAUAUUUCUGCAGGCCAGGGUUUAAGGGGAAAGUCCAUAAGAAAAACCUUAUACUCCUAAACCUGGAAAUCAUGCACAGGGUGAUCUGUGGUCCCCCAGACACGGCUGCCAUGGAGGUGACAGGACUGAGAAACAGAGAGAGGAGAGGAGCCGAAUUCAUUUCAUAUGCUCCUGUUCAGCAUGAAUGCAUCUUACCGAUAUUCAUGACCCCCCGGAGAGUGACCAAAAUCAGCCUUAGGCCCUCCGGAUCCCCCUGGUCAUGGUGGAAAUCCCUUUCCUGCUCUGUCCGCAAGUU